UUCCAGCUCCAGAUGUUCGAUAUUGUCUGCAGCUUGGGCUGGACCAGCAGGGACAGAUGUUGUGACCUCCCAUCUAUGAGAGACGAGCUGAAGUGUCCGUCUCUUCCCAACUCCUGCAGCUGUACCUCAGCGGGCACCGGGCUGCCAGGGACUCAGGGACCGGUGGGUGCCCCCGGCAGCAAAGGUCCCCGAGGUGAAAGAGGAGAGGCCGGUUCUCCUGGGCCGAUCGGCCCGCGUGGAGAUAACGGACCACCGGGGCCCAUGGGUCUGCCCGGUCCUCAAGGACCCAGCGGGCUGUCGAUUCCAGGAGAGGCAGGCCGCCCUGGACCAAAGGGAGACCCCGGUGACUCUGGAUUACCUGGACAGAAAGGUUCACCUGGAACUCCUGGUGCCGCCGGCCCGAUCGGACCAGCUGGAGUUAGGGGCCCUCCAGGAAAAGAAGGACCAGCUGGACCCAGAGGCCCCGCAGGGCCCAUGGGACCUCCAGGAUCUCCAGGACUACAAGGUGCUGCAGGAAACCCAGGAAACCCUGGAGAAUCUGGCUCUCCUGGUUCUGUCGGUCAAAAGGGAGACAAGGGCGAGAGAGGCGACUUUGCUCCUCAGAACAUGAUGCGAACCAUCGCCAGACAGGUUUGCGAGCAGCUAGUAAACGCACAAAUGACUCGCGUCAACACGUUACUGAACCAGAUCCCCAACGGCAUGUACCGCAGCAAUAGCCCCGGCCCUCCGGGGCCUCCCGGAUCCCCAGGCAGGCAGGGACCCCGCGGAGAGCCGGGCCCCACAGGAAGAAACGGUUUCCCAGGAAGUCCAGGUUUACCCGGCCAGCAGGGAGAGAGAGGUCCUGCAGGAGAGAAAGGCGACCGAGGAGUGUCAGGAGUCGGACAGAAAGGGCCGCGAGGGCCCCCUG